CGGGGACAGAAAGACUUUACCGUAUGUCAAAGUUCGUGACCAUAGUUGGAGGUGCUGCAGGGCUGCUUGCAUUCGUGGCAAUAGUCAUUGGAGUUGUGUGGUUCUGCAAAUCACAAUGUAAGACCUUAUCAAACAGGAAUUCAGAGACUGGUUCUUCAGACCCAUCUGCACCAACGGAGUGGAAUAGGGCAGGUGGACCCAGUUCAGCAGCAGGCCAGCCUACACUUGGACCACAUGGAGCAAGGCAGUUCACAAUGGAAGAGUUGGAACAAGCUACAAAGCAAUUUAGUGAAAGCAAUCUUAUUGGCUUUGGAAGUUUUGGUCCAGUGUAUAAAGGUUUACUCCGUGAUACUGUCGUGGCUAUAAAAAGGCGUCCAGGCGCUCCUAGACAGGAGUUUGUUGCUGAGGUACUUUAUUUGUCAGAAAUUCGUCAUCGCAAUCUAGUUACUCUUCUAGGUUACUGCCAAGAUAGUGGAUCUCAAAUGUUGGUCUUUGAGUAUGUACCAAAUGGCAGCAUCUGCAAUCAUCUAUACGAUAUCAGACAAGAGUCAUCAACUAAACUGGAGUUCAAACAGAGGUUAUCGAUAGCUCUGGGGGCGGCUAAAGGUUUAUGCCAUUUGCAUUCCUUAAAUCCCCCCUUGGAACACAAGAACUUCAAAUCAGCCAAUGUCUUAGUUGAUGAGAACUUCAUUGCAAAGGUUGCAGAUGCAGGAAUUUCAAAACUCCUAGAAAAGAUAGAAGAAGCAGGUCCUUCUCACGCAUCUCGUGUCAAUGCUUUUGAAGAUCCAGAGGUAGGAAUAUCAGGGACAUUCACUGAAGUGAGUGACGUCUACAGCUUUGGGGUGUUUCUUUUGGAGCUAAUAACAGGACAGAGGGCAACACAUAUCGACUCAUUAGGAUCUGAAGAAAGUUUCAUCCAAUGGGUUCGAUUACAACUGACUUCAAACAACUUUGUGGACUAUCGGCUGCAUGGAAGCUUCACUGCAAAUGGAAUCAGGGAUUUGAUCAGGCUGACACUCCAAUGCAUGAGCUUUCCAGGAGGAGGGCGACCAGUGAUGGAGAUGGUUGUGCAAGAGCUUGAAAGGAUUCAUGAAAAAGAGAUGGCACUUACAACAGUCAUGGGUGAGGGUACUACUAUAAUUACUCUUGGCAGUGAGCUAUUCACUUGAAAAUGAAGAUACAACAGCAACAAAGAACUUGCUCUCGUUAUAUUAUUGACUUUUGAGAGUGAAAGGAAUUAAUAUUCAAAUAUGA